AUGCACCCGCCGCGUCGCCGUAGGAAGGGAUGCGGCGGUGCCCCCGCUAUAAAUACUCGCGCCGGAGGUGGAAGGCGUCAGUCUAGUGUCGGCUCCCACACAAGUAACAACAAACACAAUCGGCAGGUGUUGAUCCACUGGACAAGACGCGCCAGCGCCAUGAUGCGGUUGGUGCUUUUUCUAGUCCUCUUCAGCAUAUGUGAAAUCACUCAGGCUGAGGAAGGCUACAAGUAUGAAAAACCAACGAAGCCUUUCAUCACUGGAACACCAGGUCUAAGACCAGGAACAGCAGGCCCAGGAGGAUUUGCACCUGGAGUGGGAGCUGGGCCAGCUGCAAAACCCGGUUUUCCUGGACCCAGUGGCUACCCUUCUAGUGGUCCUGGAGGAACACCUGCAGGAUUUCCAUCUGGCAGUCAACCAGGAAGACCUGGAGCAGGCGGACCAUCUGGAUAUCCAUCUGGGGGACCAAGUGCCGGCAGACCAGGUGGCACCCUUCCUGGAAGACCUGGGACAACAGGAGGACCAGGUCGUCCAAUUAUUCAAGGAGAUGUUGGAGGCACUGGAUAUCCAUCAGGAGGGCCUGGCAGUUUCGGACCAAGUGGUCCAUUUGGACCUGGUGCUGGACGACCUGGAAUAUUGGGGCAGCCUAAUGGUCCAGGCACUCCUGGAGCUCAAGGCAGUGUUGGUUACCCCUCUGGAAGACCUGGUACAGGAAGACCAGGUGGUCCAGGUACAAUAGGAGGUGGAGGUUAUCCUACAGGUGGGCCUGGAGUAUUCCGUCCUAGUGAUUCAUUUGGUACAGGCAUUGGAAGACCUGGAGUUUCAGGAAGACCAGGAGGACCAGGUGCUGCCGGAUAUCCUUCUGGAGGUCCUGGAGGACUUGGGCCUGGUGGUCCCUUUAGUCCUGGUGCUGGUGGAAGGCCUGGAGGUGCUGGAGGUCUAGGACAGCUAGGUGGCACUGGAAUAACAGGAAGGCCAGGUGCUCCAUUCACUCCAGGUGGUCCUGGUGGUCCAGGAGGACCUGGGGUUCCUGGAGCCCCUGGUGGCCAAGGGUAUCCAUCAGGAGGACCUGGAGGAUUUGGUCCUAGUGGUCCUUUUGGACCUGGUGCUGAUAGGCCAGGAGGAGUUGGAGGCCCAGGGGGAUCUGCUGGUCCUGGGUAUCCAUCAGGUGGGCCUGGAGGCUUUGGUCCUAGUGGUCCAUUUGGGCCCAGUGCUGGUCGUCCAGGAGGUCAAGGUGGAGCUGGAAUAACAGGAAGACCAGGUGCUCCAGGAACACCUGGUGGUCCUGGUGGUCCUGGAGGACCUGGAGGUCCAGGAGGACCUGCUGGUCCUGGAUAUCCCUCUGGUGGGCCUGGAGGAUUUAGCCCUAGUGGUCCAUUAGGACCUGGUGCAGGUCGGCCAGGAGGACCUGGACGUCCAGGAGGAGCUGUUGGUCCUGGAUAUCCAUCUGGUGGGCCUGGGGGAUUUGGUCCUAGUGGUACACUUGCUCCUGGUAGACCAGGGGCAGUAGGAGGUCCGGGAGGGCAAGGUUAUCCAUCAGGAGGACCGGGUGGGUUUGGUCCUAGUGGUCCAUUUGGACCAGGUGCUGGUCGCCCAGGAGGCCCUGGUAGACCAGGAAUAGCAGGAAGACCAGGCACUCCAGGUACACCAGGUGGUCCUGGUGGUCCAGGAGGUCCAGGUGGUGCAGGGGGACCAGCUGGUCCCGGAUACCCCUCAGGUGGUCCUGGAGGAUUUGGUCCUAGUGGCCAACUUGGUCCUGGUGCUGGCAGACCAGGAGGUCAAGGUGGUCCAGGAGGGGCAGGUGGAUACCCAUCAGGUGGUCCUGGAGGAUUUGGUCCUAGUGGUCCCUUUGGCCCUGGUAAGCCAGGGGCUCCAGGAGGGCCAGGAGGUCCAGGAGGGCCAGGUUAUCCAUCAGGAGGACCUGGUGGAUUUGGUCCUAGUGGUCCAUUUGGACCUGGUGGUGGUCGGCCAGGAACACAAGGUCAGCCAGGAAUCCCAGGCAGGCCAGGUACACCUGGGGCACCAGGUGGUCCAGGAGGACCUGGAGGUCCUGGUGGUCUAGGUGGACCAACUGGUCCUGGAUAUCCUUCAGGUGGACCUGGAGGAUUCGGUCCUAGUGGACCUUUUGGUCCUGGUGCUGGAAGACCAGGUGGUUUUGGAAGACCUGGUGGUCCAGGAGGGCCAGGUGGCCCAGGAUACCCAUCAGGUGGGCCAGGAGGGUUUGGUCCCAGUGGUCCAUUUGGACCUUCUGCUGGUCGGCCAGGAACACCUGGUCAGCCAGGAAUCCCAGGCAGGCCAGGUACACCUGGGGCACCAGGUUUUCCAGGAGGACCUGGAGGUCCUGGUGGUCUAGGAGGACCAACUGGUCCUGGAUAUCCUUCAGGUGGACCUCCAGGAUUCGGUCCUAGUGGUCCCUUCAGCCCCGGUAGGCCAGGGGCUCCAGGAGGGCCAGGAGGUCCAGGAGGUCCUGGAGGGCCAGGUUAUCCAUCAGGAGGACCUGGUGGAUUUGGUCCUAGUGGUCCAUUUGGACCUGGUGGUGGUCGGCCAGGAACACAGGGUCAGCCAGGAAUCCCAGGCAGGCCAGGUACACCUGGGGCACCAGGUGGUCCAGGAGGACCUGGAGGUCCUGGUGGUCUAGGUGGACCAACUGGUCCUGGAUAUCCUUCAGGUGGACCUGGAGGAUUUGGUCCUAGUGGACCUUUUGGUCCUGGUGCUGGAAGACCAGGUGGUUUUGGAAGACCUGGUGGUCCAGGAGGGCCAGGUGGCCCAGGAUACCCAUCAGGUGGGCCAGGAGGGUUUGGUCCCAGUGGUCCAUUUGGACCUUCUGCUGGUCGGCCAGGAACACCUGGUCAGCCAGGAUUCCCAGGCAGGCCAGGUACAUCUGGUGCAUCAGGUGGUCCAGGAGGACCUGGAGGCCCUGGUGGUCCAGGAGGUCCAACCAGUCCUGGAUACCCAACAGGUGGACCUGGAGGAUUUGGUCCUAGUGGUCCAUUUGGACCUGGUGGUGGACGCCCAGGUACUCCAGGUGGUCCAGGAGGUCCAGGAGGCCCAGGAGGUCCUGGUGGUCCAGGAGGGCCAUUUGGUCCUGGAUAUCCAUCUGGAGGUCCUGGUGGAUUUGGCCCUACUGGCCCAUUUGGCCCAGGAGGUCCUGGUAUACCAGGUAGACCUAGCCGUCCUGGUACACCAGGUGGUCCUGGAGGUCCAGGUGGUCCUGGAGCUCCUGGAAGGCCUGGUGGUCCUGGAUAUCCAUCAGGUGGGCCUGGAGGAUUUGGGCCAAGUGGCCCUUUCGGUCCAGGUGCUGGUCAGCCUGGUCGCCCUGGUGGACCAGGGGGUCCAGGAGGCCCUGGAGGCCCAGGUAGGCCAGGAACAGGGUACCCUUCAGGCACACCUGGAGGAUUUGGUCCUAGUGGUCCAUUUGGCCCUGGUGCUGGUCGGCCAGGAGGCCCAAGUCGGCCUGGUGGUCCAGGGGCUCCAGGUUCUCCAGGUGGACCUGGGGGACCAAGUGGUCCAGGAGGACCUUCUGGUCCCAGUGGCCCAUUUGGUCCUGGUGCUGGUAGACCUGGAGGACAAGGGGGCCCUGGUGUACCUGGACAACCAGGUGGUGGAUUUAAGCCAAGUGGUCCAUAUGGCCCUGGUUAUCCUGGAGGUCCUUCAGGUGGUGUUGGUCGACCUGGCCGUCCUGGUGGUGUGUUAGGUGAUGCUACUGGUCCUGGAGGGCCAGGUGGUCCUUCUGGUCCCACAGGCUAUCCUUCUGGUGGCAUUGGAGGCAGGCCGGGUGGAGUUGGUCCUGGUGGUCCUUUUGGUCCGACUGGCCCUACUGGACCUACUGGUCCUACUGGACCUACUGGUCCUACUGGGCCUACAGGUCCUGGAGGACCAACUGGUGGUGUUGGUGGUGUUGGUGGAAUCGGUGGAACUGGCCCAACUGGACCUCCAGGGCCGAGUGGACCAUAUCCUAGUGGGCCUGCUGGCCCCAAUGGUCCAUAUCCAGAAGGAUCACCUGGUCCUGAUGGUCCUUUCCCAACAGGUUCACCUGGUCCUGGGCCAUACGAUGAAGGAGAUUAUUCUGCUAUUCCUGGAGAACCAGGAGUAGAUUAUCCCAUAUAUUCUGAAGUACCUGCUACUUCAUUUAGUUGCAGUCAGCAGAAAUUCCCUGGAUACUAUGCUGAUGUGGAGACACAGUGUCAGGCAUUCCAUAUUUGUGCUAACAAUCGCACAUAUGAUUUCCUGUGCCCUAAUGGUACAGUGUUCCAUCAGGAAUAUUUCGUUUGUGUUUGGUGGAAUCAGUUUGACUGUAGCAGAGCUCCAGGGUUGUAUAAUCUGAAUGAAUUUAUUUAUGACUAUACAAUAUUUGGAAGCCCUGGUGCAGAACUACUCAAACCUUCUGGUCCUGGAGGAUUCCCAGGUGGAACAGGUACUGGAGCUACUCAAGGCCGUCCAUUUAGUCCCAGCAGUGGUGUAACUCGUCCAGCUGGACCCACUGGGCCCUUUCGUCCUGGAACACCUGGUAGUAUAGGAACUGGAAUAGUAAAGCCUGGUGGAACAUUUCCAUCUGUAACCCCUGGAGUAACUGGUGGAAGUGGUGGUCCUGUCGCUGGAUAUCCACGUCCCGGUGGGCCAGGUGGAGUUGGUGGCAUUCUUGGUGAUGGAAUAACUGGACCUUCUUCUGGUGGAGUACCACCAUCAGGAUUUCCUGGUAGUCAGAUAGGACCAACACGCCCCUCAGGUCCCAGCACAGGCCUACCUGGUGGUACUGGUGGAGUAGGGCAAAUUGGUCGACCAACAGGCGGCUACCCAAGGCCAGGUACAGGCAGACCGGGACUGGCUGAUACUGGAACACAACCAGCCUACCCAGACAGACAGUAUUUGCCUCCUAGGAACUCUUAAAUGAUUACUAUGCUGAGUUUUGGACUUGCUUAUGACCUACAAGCACAGUAGCAGAUGAGAGCUCAUUGAAUCCAUCAUUUGUUUUCCAAUAACACUGAAUGUAAUGAGGUUGUAUGUAAGUGGAAACUACCAAGAUGGUGACAGUUUCAUGGAGUGCUCCUCUUUUUUGUGAGGGACGAUUUGUAUUAGUAUCGUACUCGUAAUCGUACUCUACUUUUCUUUGAAGUGACAAUGGGCCCUCGCUGCUGUGUGCUGUUGAGGUUUAAUGUUUAUUUAAAUAGUAUCUGUGUGAAUGUAUAAAUUAUUGUAUCGUGUCAUGAAAUUUGAAAGCAUUGGACCCUAAACAACAUUUAUAUCAGAUUUCAUUGUUUUUCAUUUACAUGAAUGUCUUUAAAAAAUUAUUUUGUGUCAUUGAAAUUGUGAGUUUCUACCACAAUGUGUCUCCCUUAUAUAGGGAAUUAUGUUGCCAUAUCAUGUGUGUAAUAAAUGUUG